CUGGGGAUGCUGGCAGUGGGGCAAAUGGAUGGCAGCCCCCGGCAGAGCGCCUUCCUGCUCAGCAGCCCGCCGCUGGCCGCCUUGCACAGCAUGGCCGAGAUGAAGACCCCGCUGUACCCCGCCGCGGCCUACCCGCUGCCUCCGGCCCACGCAGCAGGAUCGGCAGCCCCGGGCGGGCCCUCCUCCUCGUCCUCCUCGUUUUCGUCGUCUUCCUCGGCCUCCGCCUCGCCUUCGCCGCCCCUGAGCUCCCCGACGCCGGCCGGCCUCAAGCCCCACAGUGCGGGGGCCCUGUCAGCGCUGGGCUCUCCCCCGCAGCAGCUCUCGGCCGCCACCCCGCACGGCAUCAACGACAUCCUCAGCCGGCCCUCCAUGCUCCCCGUCGUCGCGGCCUCCGCCUCCUCCGCCUCCUCGACGUCCGCCUCCCCAGCCGCCAGCCUCCUGGCGGGACUGCCCCGCUUCAGCAGCCUCAGCCCCCCGCCUCCUCCGCCGGGCCUCUACUUCAGCCCCAGCGCCGCCGCCGCCGUGGCCGCCGUGGGUCGCUAUCCCAAGCCCCUGGCCGAGCUGCCAGGCAGGACCCCCAUCUUCUGGCCGGGAGUGAUGCAGAGCCCCCCCUGGAGGGACGCACGACUCGCCUGCACGCCACAUCAAGGCUCAAUUUUGCUGGAUAAAGACGGCAAGAGGAAACACACAAGACCGACUUUUUCCGGCCAGCAGAUUUUCGCUUUGGAAAAGACUUUUGAGCAAACGAAAUACUUAGCCGGGCCGGAACGAGCGAGGCUCGCCUACUCGCUGGGGAUGACGGAAAGUCAAGUCAAGGUUUGGUUCCAGAACCGGCGGACCAAGUGGCGGAAGAAACACGCGGCCGAGAUGGCGACGGCCAAGAAGAAGCAGGACUCGGAGACGGAACGGCUGAAGGGCGCCUCGGAGAACGAGGACGACGACGACGACUACAACAAGCCGCUGGACCCCAACUCGGACGACGAGAAGAUCACGCAGCUGCUGAAGAAGCACAAGCCCGGCGGCGCCGGCCUCCUGCUCCACACCUCGGAGAACGAGGGGUCCUCCUAGACGGCGGCGGAGCUGGAGAAGACCGCGCACCCCUCCCGCCCCGUGCGAGCAGGGCAGCGCCCCGAUCGCGUCAUCCCCGACGGCUGCUCCGCGCAGGACAGAUGCACAGAUCUAUUUUUCUAGCCAGAGAAGGAGAAGGAAGAGAGGCUUCCGGAGGUGCUUCUGUUCUAGUGGUUGUUGUUGUUACUGCUGCUGCUGCUGGGGGUGACUCUCGAGGAGCGGCCUCCCCCACGCUUCCCUCCCCCCGCCUCCCUCCCUGCAGUCUCUCCAAAGGGGAUCGGGGGCCGCUCCGCUCGGGGCUUGGUUCUUCCCGUUCUGCCCCCUGCCGGCCAGGCUCAAAACUCAAUCUGUCGGCGCCGCUCUGUAAAUAAAAGCGAGUCUCCCAGGUUGAGGUAGCCGACUCCCUUUGACUGUGAAUAUUUAACAUGUACAAUACUUUGGUUGGUGUUUCUUUCUGUGUACGUGCGCGCGCCCCCCCAAAGAGUGCGCCGGCUCUUUCCGUUCCUUCGCCGCGUGUGGCUUUUAAAAGCUCGCUUCUAAACGUUCUUCUGGUUUGGUUUUCAGCAGUGAGGUUUGUGGCAUAUGAAAGCAGGGAGGGAUUUAUUUCCUGACAGAGCUCACUUCUCCCCCCCUCGUGUCUCUUUCCUCUGCCCCGCGCUGUUAUCAGUGCCAGAGAACAGAUAUAACCGUUCUCCUUCAGCGAAUCUUCUUCUGUCGGUGUAAGAGUAGGCAAGCUUUAGGGUCACGCAGGAGUCUUCAUCAGAUAGAAGCAGAAUUGUGUGGAAUGCUGGCAUUUGCACCGCUGGCUCCAGUUUCAACAUUCUACAGCUCUGCUCCUCUGCAUACUUCCUUGGAAGCCAGUUCGUUUGAAAUCAACUAGAUAUUCUUCCAAGUGAAUAGGUAGACUGCAGAUUUCUCUUUAUUUCUUUUUAAUUUUAACUGAGUGCUAGAAAACGAAGCUAUUGAUCUCUUUUGCUGUUUGCCAAGCAUAAAAUUGUAUGUUUCUUAUGCCAGAUGCCAAUAAGGCUAUGUAAUUAUUAGUGUCUGAUUUAAUUUUAAUUUAAUUUUGUUUAAAGUAAGAGUAAGUCCUGGGAGAGAGGAAGUUUUUUUAUGGUUUACCUUACUUGUUGCCAGAAAGACUGCGUGUUAAAUUUGCUACGGAGAUUUGUUCUAACCACUUCCUACUCAAAAAUUCCCCAUUUGUUUAGUUGCUGUAAUUGACUUUGGAAAAUGCAGAGUGUUGGUUUUUCUUUUCUUUCUGUAUAAUAACAAAUACCAUAGAAUGUUCCGUUUCCCCUCUUUUCCUUUUUUUAAAAAAAAGCUAAUAAUAACAUUGUAUUAGCAUCUUAACCUGUUAUUAAUUUAUACAAGUUUGUAAAGAGAACCACCACCAGAAGAAAUCCUUUGCAAGACCAGUUCAAGGCAUUGCACUUUGGUUUUUUCAUUCUGUUUCUGUUUUUAAAGAUAAAUCAAUUAAAAUCAGUUACAAGAAGACUCUUGCCUGGAAGAAAGAAAAAAA